UUUCCCCACAACAUGAGAAAAAUGACUCAAAGAAUGGAGAACUUACGUUUUUUUCUGACCAAUAUGAAUCUAAAAUAGUCUAGAGUCAACAAUUGGCAAGCGCUAUUAUCUUGAACCGAAAUAUACCACUGAUGAAGAGGCUAAAGCUGAUGAAUCAGAGGAAAAACCAAAUGACUUUCAUCAGGAGAACAGCAGUGGACCUUCAUUUCUUCCAAAAGUGAAGUAUGAAAGUGCAAAGGGCUCUGAGACUUCUAAAUAUUUUGUUGAUUAUGAGAAAUAUGAUAAAGUUAUACAUCAACUAGUUUCUGAGUCUUGUGAUAUGAAUGAUUUUCUUGAUGACUCAACUGUAGAAGAUUAUUCUGCUUCUGAAAGCUCUAUUGGUGAGGAGCCGAAAAUCAAUGCUCCACUUCUUCCAGAGGAAAAACCAAUUGAAUAUCCUCAAGAGAAUGGCAUUGGAGAAGUGUCUGAAGACAACGUUUCACUUCUUUCAGAAGGCAUUGAUUUUGUUAAGUUUGUAAGUGCAAAAGGGUCUGAGAGGUCUAACUAUUAUUUUGUUCAUUGUGAGAAAUCUAUUGGUGUUUCACAUCAAGUUGUUUCUGAUUCUUGUGAUUUGAAUGACUUUCCUGAUGACUCAACUGCGGAAGAUUAUUCUGGUUCUGGCAGCUUUGCUGAGCACAAUGCAGAUGAAAUUGAUGAAGAAGAAAGCAUCAAUGCUGAGACACUUUCUUGUUUGACAGAGAAUAACACUGAUGAACCAGAUGUAGAUGUUAGAGAAAAGUUCAACUUUACAAAAACAUUGUCGGACAAGGCUUCAGAAUUUGUCAAGCAAAUGAGUCCCACUUAUCCUAUGGUUUCAGAGGGUAAAGCUGAAGAUCCAAUUGCAUUGCCUAAGAUGGGAGAGUAUGAUUCUAGAGCUUUGAUGGAUGAUAUAAAUGUCGCACAAGCUGAGGAAUUUGGUAUGACAACUCAUGAAAACAUUCCAUCACUUGACAAGACACCUUCCAGAGGUAAAGGUAUCGGACAAAAUGCACAAUUUGCUCCAGACUCCCUUCCUAGCCAGUUUCCUCGACCAAACUUGUCAUCAACCAAGAAACAAACUACAUUUCCAAUGACGACUCAAGAAUCCAAGGGCAUCAACAAGGAAAGCAUUGACAUGAUUAGCUGCGAUUUGGAGAUCAAAAAAGAUGAGAUGAAGAAGGAAAAGAAUGUCAUUGAUAAGGGUCGCAAGAUUGUACUAGAGGGUGAGAGUAUAAGAAGCUUGAAGAAGAUGUUGAAAACAAAAUUGAUGAUCUCUGAAAGUAUGAAGGACAAGACUCCAAUGUCACCAAGCGGGAGGGGAAGAUCAGACCAGCCUUGCGGAAGCUGCCUGAGAACUGCAUGCCUGUUGCUGACCCUGUGGAGAUGUGAAGUGCCCAUAGACAGUGUGAGUGUGAUGGAUGAAAAGGCUGAAACUAUGAGGAAGGCCCACUCCAAAUGGUUGUUUUUUUUUUUUGGUUGAAUUUGCUUUAAAAGAGGGGAGAGGUACUUUUAUCUUGCAUUCUUCAUGACAUUUUUGCUUGCAUUUUGUUUCAAUAAGACUCAGUUGAAGUACUUUGAUGUUAUUUCUACUCAAAGUGUUUAUAGUCUU